AAAAGCUCUGUCAUGGCUCAGUCAUGCUUAGUGUAUGAGGUCUGAAAGAGUCAAGAGUCACAGGUGUUAGAGCUGCAGGCAAGAAUAAGGAAUGAGAGAGCUUUCUCCACCACCUUUGAAUCUGAAGAGGCUGUAUAAGGAAACCCUAGAAAUUGAGCCAAUCCUGAUCAUUAUUUCUCCUGGUGCUGAUCCUUCCCAAGAGUUGUUGGAACUUGCUAGUGAGGUGAUUGGCAAAGAGUACUACCAUGAGGUGGCUAUGGGCCAGGGCCAGGCUGACAUCGCCAUCCAGACUCUUAAGGAAUGUGCACACAAUGGGGAAUGGCUUUGUUUGAAGAAUCUGCAUCUGGUUACAGCUUGGCUUCCAGUUUUAGAAAAGGCGCUAAAUUCACUUCAACCUAAAUCUAACUUUCGCCUUUGGCUCACUGCAGAAGUUCAUCCAAAAUUCACGCCAAUACUCCUUCAGUCAAGUCUAAAGAUUACAUAUGAGGCGCCGCCAGGUCUGAAAAAGAACCUGAUGAGGACGUAUGAAUCCUGGACCCCUGAACAGAUUAGUCACACAGGUCUCUCGCCUCGAGCUCAGUCCCUUUUUUGCUUGGCGUGGUUCCAUGCUGUGUGUCAGGAGCGAAGGAAUUACAUCCCUCAAGGUUGGACCAAGUUCUAUGAAUUUUCUUUGUCAGAUCUUCGUGCAGGAUUUGAAAUCAUUGAUAGAUGUUUUGAAGGAACAAAAGAUUUUCAGUGGGAGUUUGUUCAUGGUUUGUUGGAAAAUGCCAUCUAUGGUGGUCGCAUUGACAACUUGUUUGAUUUGCAAAUCCUGCGAUCUUACCUGGAGCAGUUCUUCAACUCUAAAGUUAUCAUGGGAUCUCAGUCCAGAGGCAAGAAAGCAACCGCUUUCCCUUCACAAAUCAGCCUGCCCAACUCCUGCAGUAUUUUGGACUACCGCAGUGUUAUUGAAAAUUUGCCAGAGGAUGACAAGCCAGCGUUCUUCGGUCUACCUGCUAACAUAGAUCGCUCAUCCCAGCGUAUCGUCAGCUCCCAGAAACUGGAUAUUAUCGGUACUUACACCAUUGUUCCCCCUUAG